CAAUAUUCUUUCAUUCUAUCCAUUCUCUUUGUUUCUUCAACUUCUGCUACUUCUUUAGUGAAUGGUUCAUUUUCAAAUUGAUCACCACUAUCUAUAUAAGUUACAUUCACAUUUUCGAUAUAUAUAUAUAUAUAUGGGACGUCACUCCAGUAUUGUUCUUAGGUUUCUCCUUUUCUUCACUCUGAAAGGAGUUUUUGGGACCACUUUCACAUUUUCAAACAAGUGUGACUACACUGUCUGGCCCGGGAUUCUGGGCACCCCUGCUCUUGAAUCUACGGGAUUCGAGCUCGGUAAGGGUAAAUCACAUUCCUUACAAGCUCCACCAGGGUGGUCGGGCCGCUUCUGGGGAAGAACGGGGUGCAACUUUGAUGGGACUGGCCACGGGUCGUGUGCCACAGGGGAUUGUGGGUCAGGACAAACAGAAUGCAACGGGGCAGGAGCGGCCCCACCAGCCACCCUGGCAGAGUUUACUCUGGGGUCCGGGUCAGCUACCCAGGACUUUUAUGAUGUCAGCCUUGUUGACGGGUAUAAUAUCCAGAUGAUUGUGGAAGUGAGUGGUGGGUCGGGUGAUUGUUCGACUACAGGUUGUGUCGAUGAUUUGAACCGACGUUGUCCAAGUGAGCUUAAGAUGGCCGAUGGUGGAGGGUGUAGGAGUGCAUGUGAAACAUUUGGUACACCCGAGUAUUGUUGUAAAGGUGCCUUUGAUUCGCCUGCGUCUUGUCACCCAACUCCUUACUCGGAACUGUUUAAAUCGGCGUGUCCAAAGUCGUAUAGCUACGCCUACGACGAUGCCACGAGUACUUUCACGUGUGUAGCUGCUGAUGAAUAUACCAUCAUAUUUUGUCCCUCAUUUCGAAGUGGAAGCAUUAAAGCAAAAGCAAGCAAUAUGAGUGAAGAUUCAUUAGAGGCAUUAUUGGAUUUGUAUGCACGUCUUGCUUCUGGCUCAGGGGAUUCAAAUGCAGUCACAAUAAUUAGUCCUUGUUUAUUUAUUGCGUUGGCUAUCUAUGUAGUAUUACUUUUGCAUACAUCAUUUUUAUAAUUUUAUAAUUGAUUACUAGUCUAGAAUCAUCAGAGUCAAUUAAUUUCAAUGUUAUGUUUACUUGUACAUUAAUAUGAAUCAGAAGUUAAUUAUAUAUUUUAA